UUUUAUAGGGGAAAUGCAACUCAGCAGGUCCUUGAAUCACCUCAUUUACAUGACAUUCAGUGUGUGGUGGAAUCAGGCUACAGGAACUGUUAUCUAAUGCAAACAAAUCCUAAAAGAUCAGCUGCUCUGGAUCCAAAGAGGCCAGUUUCAUGUUUUUGUGAAUGCUAUUUUUAGAGCUAAUACAGGUUUUAAUGAAAAGGACAGUCACAUCUUUGCAUUAUGGCCAAAUUAUGUGUACCACUGUACAAGCAUUUAAUGAUAAUGAAUAAUGAAUAAUUUCUCUCAUAUUACAAUACCAAUCAAACAAGUACAUACUUUGUUUUCUUGACUUUCUUAUAUGCAUGGUAGUGAGAACCUGCAAUAUAUUCUGCAUUUCUGGCCACAAUAUGUUUGUAUUUAUAUUUUUUCCACAUCAGUGGCUUGAUACAGACGCAUGGAGAUAUGCUCAGCACAAUAAGCGUGGCAGAAUAUGUAUCAGGUUUCGAAAACAACCGUACAUAUCCAGUUGUUUUUGAUAUUUUCACAUCUACACCCAUGUUUAUAUCGGGAGAAAUCCAUCAUGGAAAAGUGAGCGACGCCCAUGUUUUCAGUGACAGAAGCCUCAAUAGACCACAAUGCAUUGCAACCAUGAGGCAUGUUGUAAUUUGAGAGUGGCAAAAGCUAUUUACUGAGGCAGGUUUGGGGAAAAGUGGAUGCACCAAAAAGUAAAUAACAGCACUUUAAAUCACAAGCUGCCUUCUCGAAUGCAUUAAACACGAUGGUUCUGUAUCACAGAUUAGAUUGUUCCUGUAUUGCAAUUCUAUUUCUGCUCUCACAACAUUCUUUUCUUUGUAGCUCAUGUGAGUAUUGUAGGUCUCACAAAGGUGUGUUGUGAAUAGUGACAAGUUUCCCUGUGGUAUUCAGAUGUUGUUCCUACUAAUCUCUCUGGCAAAAGUUGCAAAUAGACACUGUGUCGGCCGAAGGACGCGAGACAGCUGUUUCUAUUAAUAACCUCGACCCUCUUAUCCACCACGCGACCCCUCUGCCUCACCACAGCAAGCCUGGGUUUAGACAAAUGCACAACACCAAUUCAGACGGCAACAGAGGAAAUUAACAAAGCAGCAACAACAGAGGAGGCAAAACAGUGACACGCAGAGCUGGUAGACUACAGCUCUCAUCAACAACCAGGACACUCACAGACCUGUUGGUACGAAAACAAAACAGGGAUAAAACCUGGAAACAUGAAGUCACUGCGAUUCCUUGCUGCUGAGGCCUUUGUCCAGAGUGGUCUGAGUGCUCUGGAGAACCUCAACUGCGUGUCUUUUAACCUCUACCCACUUCUCUUCAAGGCCUGCUACCUCCAUGAGCAGGCUGACGUGCUGCAUGCUUUGGUGCAGGCAUGGCCUCUUCCUGUGCUUGACUUACACAGGCUCCUGGGAAAGACAGUCGACUGUCAGAUGGACCUCAGAUCCAGCACCUGCCGGCUGUGUCUGGAGGCGAUUAUAACCGGCUUAAAGGAUUAUGUGCUGUCUCCUCCAAGAACCUACGCCAAGAGCCUGCAUGUGGUGGACCUGACUGCUCUGAGGGAUAUUGAGCACCAGGUCUGCCCCUGCCAGUCCACCUUGGGUCGAUGGGAAAGAACCCAGCUCCUGACCCAAAUGUGCUUCGAGACCAUGGUGGCCAUGCAAGCCAGUGACAUAUCCCUAUUUGCCUUUGAAACAUCUAUUGAUGUACGUCUAAAUGGCUUUGUCACAGGCCGCAGCUAUGAGCUGGUGGCUCAGGCCUUCCUCGUCCUCCGCUACUGUCCACUGAAGCUGCGUUUUGUUAGUUUUCGGGCUGACUCCCUUGAUCUCAAGAAGCUGUUUUACAUUCUUCGCCUAGCAGAACCUGAGUGCAUUUCAAAGCUGGAGGUAGUUCACAAUAUUCCCCUGCAGGCCGCACACUUGGAGGUGCUGCUGUCCAAGGUGGAAUUCCCUAAAUUACAGUCUUUGACUCUGCCUGCUGGUGCGUUGGAUGUUAGGAGGUUGGGCUCUGAUGAGGAGGAUGUGUUGUCCAUCAUUGGCAAUCUACUGGCUAAACUGAGCUGCCUGACUGAGCUCUAUGUUGGUUUCUCCCCUCUAACCGGACACAUACGAAGACUGCUUAAUCCUCUCAACACUCCGCUGCAGUGCUUGGAGUUGGCCAAUUGCUGCCUGAACCGUGUGGACAUGACGUAUCUGUCCAACAGCCUCCACAGCGAGUCCCUGGUCCGUCUGGACAUCAGCGGACAUGACAUCUUCAGCUCUUUCGCCACCUGUUUCCACAAACUGCUCAGCCGUUGCUCAGCCACAUUGACCAGCCUGGCCGUUGAAGAAUGCAACAUCGAGGACGAGCACAUGGACGCCUUCACUAAUUCUCUGGCUUGCUGUCAGAUGCUGGAGGAGCUCAAACUCCUGGGAAACCCUCUGACCUCUGUAGCCCUGCGGAGGUUAUUCUCCAUGCUAUCUGUGGGCUUUCCUAAUUUAAAAUACAUCGAGGUACCAGUUCCCCGUGAGUGCUACUCAGAGGAUGUCACGUAUCCUCUUGAUGAUUCUGACCUACUGCUGUACAACAAUGAGUUGUUUCAGGAGAUCAGGGGCCAGCUGAUGGCGAUCCUGGAAGGAGCAGGUAGAGGGAGUGUGGAGGUGUGCACCCCACUCAUGGGGGCCUUUGACCCAGAUAUUAGAGAAACCAGCAACGAGCUGGGAGUGUCCAUGUUGAAAUCUUUUAACAACGUCAUUGGGAACUUUAUAGGUAGCAUAACUGAAGUGGACACUAGGAGAUCACAGGUUCAGAAAGAUAAUUAAUGGAUUUGCCUGUGGAGAGUAAAUGGACUGAGACGAGGGUCAUGAACUCAGAUUUGUUUACACAAAUGUCUAGAUUUGUGUAAAGCCGACCUGAAUCUUAAAACCUUGCAGAAAUGUUCAUGCUUUGUUGACAAUAUCUUCCUUUAAGGCUGUGUUCUUAAGCUAUACUAUAUUAGAUUAGGGAUGCAUGAUAUACAUCAUGUCGAUAAAUGAGAAAUUUUAAUUAUGCAUCGUUUCUAUAAUGAAAUUAUAGCCGAUAAAUUAUCGGCCGAUAUUACAAAGCCAAAUUGCGUUCACUGACUUAAGCGCAGCAUCUAGACACUCCCGAUACAGUAGAUGGCGGUACGCACCUUUUAAAGUUGGUUGUCAAUCCACCAAUAAAUUCUGGGAAGAAGAACAAGAUCAGAAAGCUGACUAGAGCCCGUGUGAAGGUUUUUCAGCUUCAAUGGAAUAAAACAGGAAUGAAAUAGAAGUUUUCAAUGUACUUUACUAGAAAACACUUUUAACUUUUGAAACGGUUCUUUGUUUUUGUUGUGUUAAAAACCGUGAUGUCAGUUAGAUUUGGUUCGGUCAAUGCUAUGGAAUAUUUAAACAUCCAUCUUUGCUCACCACACCGUAGCUACUGUAGUGGUUAUUGUAGAUACUUGAAGUUUGCCUAAGACAUUUUCUUACCUGCAUUUAUUGUGUCUAUAUACCUGUAAUUUUUUCAUACCAAUAAAUCAAAUCUG